UGCCGCUAGCCUGUCUCACCUCGCGGCCGGCAGCCUUGCGCGACGCGCCGCGCUCUUUCACAUUCAAAAUUAUUCGCAAUCAUUGCAAAAACUCUCUGUGCAAUAAAAAUAUAACAGUUUUCGCUGCGGUCGCAAUUGGAUUAUAAACAGAGAGAUUCUUAAAACUUAGUAAUCAAAUUAAGUGCCUUUAAAACUUUGAAUGCACUCCUCGUUGCAUGUCCCGCGCGCGUCGUUAUGAGAACCCCGUACUGGCGGUCACGUUGACGUCGCGCGGUGCCGCCAUAUCUGUCUCGGCCACCAACUAGCAAAAUUAAUAGGCUUAAAAUUUUGUCACAACACUAGAAGAAUACAAUGACCCGCGCAUUCGGUUUUUGAAAUUUGCCUUCACCCGGAUGGAAUGAGGAGUGCACAAUCCCAUUGUUUCACAUUUUCAUAUGUUUGAACAUCAUUUGUUUUUUUGUUUUUCGGACGAUUAGAGUGUUAUCAUUUUCUUCCAAAAUUACAAAAAUUACAAAAUAAGAAUGGCGGAGGGCAAUGGAGAAAUAUCCAUUGAAGAGGUACCUGGGAAGGACUCCGACGUUGGCCGAACACCAGAUUACCCCAAACUCAUUGAAUAUGGCUUGGAUGCCAAGGUUGCAGCCAAGCUGGAUGACAUUUAUAAGACUGGAAAGCUAGCGCACGCCGAGUUGGACGAGCGUGCGCUAGAUGCCUUAAAAGAAUUUCCAUCCGAAGGUGCUUUAAGUGUUCUUGGACAAUUUUUAGAUUCAAAUCUCGAGCAUGUAUCUAAUAAAAGUGCUUAUUUAUGUGGAGUCAUGAAGACCUAUAGACAGAAAAGCAGAGCGGGAGUGCAAGGCGCGCCCGCGCUGUCGUCCGCUGUCCAGGUCAAGGGCCCCGAUGAGGAGAAGAUCAAACAGAUCCUGGCUCGCACCGGGUACACGUUAGACGUCACCACAGGACAACGCAAGUACGGGGGCCCUCCGCCGGGUUGGGAGGGGGGCACGCCUGGCGCCGGCUGCGAGGUGUUCUGCGGGAAGAUCCCCAAGGAUAUGUAUGAAGACGAGCUCAUCCCGUUGUUCGAGCGCUGCGGGACCAUCUGGGACUUGCGCCUCAUGAUGGAUCCCAUGACGGGCACCAACCGCGGGUACGCCUUCGUGACGUUCACGACGCGCGAGGCUACGCAGCGCGCCGUGCAAGAGCUCGAUAAUCACGAAAUAAAACCUGGGAAGACUCUGAGAAUUAAGAUUAGCGUACCGAAUCUGCGACUUUUCGUCGGCAACAUUCCCAAGUCUAAAGGCAAAGAGGAGAUACUGGAAGAGUUUGGUAAAUUAACAGCGGGACUCGUGGAAGUAAUAAUAUAUAGUUCGCCCGAUGACAAGAAGAAAAAUAGAGGGUUUUGUUUUUUGGAAUACGAGUCUCACAAAGCGGCGUCACUAGCUAAACGUAGACUGGGCACAGGUAGAAUAAAGGUAUGGGGCUGUGAUAUAAUAGUGGAUUGGGCUGACCCUCAAGAGGAACCGGACGAGCAAACUAUGAGUAAAGUAAAAGUGCUGUACGUGCGGAACCUGACGCAAGAGAUAACGGAGGAAGCACUAAAGGAGCAGUUUGAACGCUACGGCACCGUGGAACGAGUCAAGAAGAUUAAGGACUACGCGUUCGUGCACUUUGAGGACCGGGACUGCGCUGUCAAGGCAAUGCAAGAGCUAGACGGCAAGGAGAUGGGCGGCGCGCGAUUAGAAGUAUCACUGGCCAAGCCGCCCUCCGACAAGAAGAAGAAGGAAGAGAUCCUGCGCGCGCGCGAGCGCCGCAUGAUGCAGAUGAUUCACGGCCGUGGCGGAUUUGAUUGGUGCAGCUGCUCGCCCGUGCACGGCGCGCUGCGCGGCCGCACGCCGCAGCCGCAGCCGCGGCCGCCGCAGGCGCGCGGGGACUACGAUUAUGAUUACGACUAUUACGGGUACGGUGAUUACCGAGGUGGCUACAAUGAGCCAUUUUACCGGUACGAUGAGUUCUAUUUUGAUUACGCGGGGCCACCGCAACCGUCCGCCGUUCGCCAACCUCCCAACAGAGCGCAACCGGACGACGAGCUCGGUGUCGGGCCCAACUCGCUUUACUACGAUCUAACCGGAGGCAUUCAGGGGGCUGGGUCAUGUGGGACGGGCGGGCGCUGGGCGCGGCGCGCGGCGGGCGCGGCUGGGCCCCGUGGUGGUGCGCGCCGCGCCGCGCGUGGCCGCCGCACGCCCAGCGCCAUGCGUGGCAACCCGCGCGCCAAGCCAAGUUUACCAGGUAAACGUAAAUUCGACGGGGGUCACCAGAACCAAGGGGGGGAGAGCAAGCGGCGGCUGGGCGCGGCGGCGGCGGCGGCGGCGGGCUGGGCGGCGAGCUCGCUGCAGCUGAGCUAGCGGCCGCCGCCCCGCCCCGCCCCGCCCCGCAGCCGCGCCGCUGGCCGCGAGCCCGGAGCGCGCGAGCCCCUGUCUCGGAGACACUACAAACUGCGCAGGGGGGCCCUCGCUCGCUCGACCGAUGCGCUCGCCGGUUCAUGGUUACGUUUACGUCCGAUCCUCGCUGUGUAACGAGAGGAUCCAUCUUUUUUCUAUAUAUGUGUUUUUUUUAUUUGAUUUUCACGUUUUCAAUUUUGUAUCGCAACGAUUCCGUAAAAAUCUUAAAGUAGGACGUUAUGAAAUGUUUCGAAUGUAAGUUUCCCGUUAUGCUUAUGUUUUCACUGUCGUAUUAGCCGUAUAUAUUUAAUAUAUACUUUAUUUUUGUCGCGCGCGGCCGUGGUUGCCUGUUUGCGACCGCGCGCGGGCCGUCGCUCCUCGGAGCGAGGCGGCCACGUCGACUGUUUUUUUACUACAUGUUAUUCAAUAUAUUUUAUUCCUGCGAACGCAUUUUGCGAUGUGAUGUGUAUUUUAGCAGUAAUUAUUAUAUUAUAAGGAGUUUGACUGUUGUUUUUUGACAUACUUACAACGUAGGAUACAUGAGAAUGAAUUAAUUGAAUGAAUUGAACUCUACGACUAGCAAUUACGGCUAAAAUAAAAACACCUGUAAUCGAUAACAUUUCCCGACUGUGUUCCUGCUUUAGUUUUUUGCUUUAUUUUUAUUACAUAUUUCCCUUUAAAAUACAUUAGUGUGAGGAAGUAGUAUUGUAAAGUUCAGGAUUCUGUAAUGUUUAUUAUUGCUGUACUAAACUUUUUUUGUAUUUCGACCACAUAGCAUGUCCAUACUGUUAGAACUCGACUUGUAUCAAUCUUGUAUCAGUUUAAUAUGUGGAAUAAAUUUGCAAAACUGUGUUUGCCUUAUUA